UUGACGCCCGGCGCCAUGCCUACGCCGCUGCAGCCCGGCGGCCCCGCUAGCGGCCCGCCCCCGGAGCGCAAGCGGCGCCGCAAGCGCGACGCCCCGCAAAGUUCUGCCGCGCUCGAACUCGACGACGACGGCGACAUGAGCCCCGAAGAGGAGCCACGCAACGCGCCCGCGGCGCCCGCGGCCCCCGCACCAGCGCCCUCCUCUGCACCCGCGCCUACCUCACCUCCAGCCGCACCCGACGCUGUUGACCUCACCUCGCGACGUGACUCUCCGCCGCUUUCCUCGGACGUCGAGCGCUUCGAUGGCAAAAUCGUUUACAACCCCGACGGAUCCGCCUACAUCAUCGAGGACCCUGAAAUGUCAGAAGGCGAGACGAGUCUCUCAGACUUACCCAAGAUUGAACCCGGGUGCAUUGUCGACAGCCGAGACAGCAACGUUGUAGAAAAGCAGUUAGACUUUCCUCAAAUAGCAAGCGCUUUUUAUGUAUCAAGAAAUUCUUCAUUAUACGGCGCAUUGUAUGGUAGAUUAGCUGCGGAACGUGCGCGGGCAAGGCCCGAUGCUCCCGUUAUGCAUAGUUAUAGAGUAUUUAGUUUUCGUGGUGGAAAAGAUACUCCUAGACCACCAUCGCCGCCUGCUGAAUGCCCUGUAAGCGUACCGGUUAAACCGAUUCUUAUGUGUUUUAUCUGUAAAUUGAGUUUUGGCUACGCUAAGUCUUUUAUAGCACACGCCCAGUCAGAUCAUAGUUUAUCACUGCUCGACUCAGAAAAAGACGCAUUAUCUAGAGAGAACGCUUCUGCGAUAAUCCAAUGCGUUGGAAAAGAUAAAGAACCACUAGUCUCAUUUUUAGAGCCUGUCGGUGCAGCAGCGCCGCCUCGUGCAUCAAUGUCGGGCAGCCCUGCUAACAUGUCAGAAUUAUCAAGCCCAUCCGUUGAAAAAAGAUUGGACAAUAUGACCCCAGACAGAGACAAUGAUUCGAUGUUACCCAAUGGAACAUGUGAUGAUAGGAGACCGAGCCCACCAGCCUGGAGACCGCCUCGAUCAAUAGCUGAAUCUUUACUUCCACAACAUUCCUUGAUUUCUGUUGCACAUCCUCAUACAAUAAAUGCCUCUGUACAACCUCGUGCUAGUCCGAACUCUUCACCUCCAUUCCAAGCUGCUCCCCCAGCCUUUCUCUCUGGCACCACGAUUGGUGUAUGCCCAGACCAUCUCGGAGGAAGACCGUCAGGUGCAGACUGUCCGAAGUGUGAACUGAUUUUGAAUUCAGGAAGACUUGGCGGUCCCUUAGCAGGAAUGCAUAGCCGGAAUUCCUGCAAAACAUUAAAAUGCCCUAAAUGUAACUGGCAUUAUAAAUAUCAAGAAACGUUAGAAAUACACAUGAAGGAAAAACACCCGGAAGCUGAAACAAGCUGCAUUUACUGUAUAGCUGGGCAGCCUCAUCCACGAUUAGCCCGUGGCGAAACGUACACCUGUGGCUACAAGCCAUAUCGAUGUGAGGUGUGCAAUUAUUCUACGACAACAAAGGGAAACCUUAGUAUACAUAUGCAAUCAGACAAACAUUUAAAUAACAUGCAAGAAUUGCAGAACGGUGGAAACCCUGGUGAAAGUUCAUUACCUCCUGCCCCUCAGCACACUCCUCCAGGUGGACAUAAACCGCCACUGCCACAUCAUUCGCCAUUAGGACAAAAACCAAAACCCACAUUCCGUUGUGAUGUUUGUAAUUAUGAGACGAAUGUUGCGCGCAAUCUCAGAAUACACAUGACAUCUGAAAAACAUACUCACAAUAUGCUCGUGCUACAACAAAAUGUAAAACACAUGCAAACGCUCUCUGCUCUUCAUCAUAGACAGCAAAGCCAACAACAGCUGGAGAGUUUGUUACAUUUCCAUAGCGGCGAAGCGCCCCCUCCUAAUCCGGAAGCAGCACUUGCAGAUAUGGCAUAUAACCAAGCUUUAAUGAUACAACUCAUGACCGGAGGUCCUGGACCAUCACCCCCUGAGUUGGGAGCGCAUCUUGAUGUAGGAUUAAAUCCAGAAGCGAUGGAACCCCCACCGGAGCCAGCUGAUCCUGAACCCGAAAGAACGUUCCACUGCUGCAUCUGCAAUUGUUUCUCGACUGAUUCUUUAGAAGCACUCGGACACCAUUUAGCGCAAGAUCGUACAAAAAUACGAGAGCAAGAGAUAUUAGCACUGGUAGCUGGACACUACGUUUGCAAACUUUGCACAUAUAAAACAAAUUUAAAAGCUAACUUUCAGCUUCAUUGCAAAACCGAUAAGCAUCUUCAGAGAUUGCAACACGUUAAUCACGUUAAAGAAGGCGGCCCGAGAAACGAAUGGAAGUUGAAGUUCUGUGGUGGUGUGGGAACAAGCGGUGCUGGUGUAGGUGGUGUGCAGGUCAGAUGUUGUGCGUGUGACUACUAUACGAACUCUGCACACAAGUUGCAACUUCACGCAGCUGGUGCUCGGCAUGAAGCAGCUACACUUUUAUUAAGACAUCUUCGAGAAUGUGCAGCAAGGAUACCUCGUGACCGUGCCAGAGUAUACCGUUGUGCGCUAUGUGGGUUUGGUGCACCACAUCGAUUACCCCUACUACAGCACGUGCGAUCCGUUAAGCACUUACAAAUGGAACAAAUUCAUCAACUGCAGCGACGCUCUGAGGGAAAAGACCCUACGCCUGAUGUAGCUGAACUCUUCCAAGUUAUUCCACAACCACCUGAGUUACCAAGUCCCUACGAUCAACAGGAAGAUACUAAAGAACCAAUUGAUCAAAAGCCUGAAUUAACGCAAGAACAGAAAAUGAUGCGAUUUCUGGAGCAGCAUCAACAACAGCAGCAAAUUCAACAGCAGCAGCAGCAACAGCAGCAACAACAACAACAACAACAACAAAACCAGCAAAUGCAACAACCCACACUGCAACCACAACAAAGUUCAAGUGAGAGAGAUGACGAACACGAUACUCCUGGACCUCAGACAUGUCCUUACUGUAAUUUUACCUGUGGAAGUGAUACGAAGCUACACGCCCAUGUUUCCUCUGUACACGGAGAUCCGGCGCGCCAUUUUAUUUGUCCACUUUGUCAAGACGCCUUCAAAGAACGACCAGCCUUAGAAAGACAUGUAAUGCAAAUCCAUUCAGUGAACUCAGAAGGCUUACAAAGAUUGCUACUUCUUGUCGACCAAAGUCACUGGUUGAAUGGAGGAACUCAGUCGCAAAGAGAAGAAACGCGACCAGGAGAGGAUGAACGUGAGAUUUCUUCACCGCGGUCGGAAGGCAGCGUAGAUGGAGAAACUGAACGAUGCUCUACUUGCAAUAGAACCUUCCGCAACGUUGACGAACUUUGUCACCACCAAAAUGAAUCUGGACAUUUGGAAUUGAAACAAACACCUCAAGGACCAGGAUACUUCUGUUGGAAGAAAGGAUGCAAUAGAUACUUUGAUGCAGCUCAUGCUCUACAAAAUCAUUUCAGAGAAGCUCACGCUCGUAACUCAAUUACAAAUAUGUCGGUCUCCGAAAAACAUGUAUACAAAUAUAGAUGUAAUCAAUGCAGUUUGGCUUUCAAGACAAUAGAGAAGUUACAAUUACACUCUCAAUAUCAUGUAAUACGUGACGCUACAAAGUGUGUUUUAUGUGGCCGUAGUUUCCGUUCCGUAUUAGCUCUUCAAAAACACGUCGAAACUUCUCACUCUGAACUCUCUGAAGAAGAUCUUGCUGCUUUUAAAAGAAGCCUCGCAUCAAACCCUCUGUUACAAAUAAAUCAAGGAACUGCAUUAGAUCCUUCUACAGCAGAAUUAUUUCGUAAAGAAGCUCUUAGAACACCAGAUGACGAGUUAGGUGAAGUUGAAGACAGAGAUUCAAGUGCAACAGCAGCUGAUGAAUCAGGCCACAAUGACGCUGAAAACUCAGAUGAUUCAAUAAUUUACAAGGACCAACAAUUUUUGGAAGAUUAUUUAAAUUCACAAGCAAUGGCUGAAGACUCGUACAAUGAUCCUAACAGGAAAUACAAAUGUCACCGAUGUAAAGUCGCUUUCACCCGUCAGUCUUAUUUGACUGCGCAUAACAAAACACUGCUACAUAGAAAAGGCGAGAAAUUAACGUACCCAAUGGAAAAAUAUCUUGACCCAAAUAGACCAUUCAAAUGCGAUGUAUGCAAAGAGUCGUUUACGCAAAAGAAUAUUUUACUUGUACACUACAACAGUGUUAGUCAUUUGCACAAAUUAAAGAGGGCUAUGCAGGAACAACAGAACAAUAACAAUCCCCCUGUUUCGCCUGGGGCUGGGACAGCGCCCUCUAAUUUGACACUUACUCCUAAGAGUACAUCGAGUGAGGAAGACGAUCGUAAGCGAUAUAAGUGCAACAUUUGUAAAGUGGCCUACACACAGGGUAGCACUCUUGACAUUCAUAUGAGAUCGGUGCUGCAUCAGACGCGGGCGGGUAAAUUACAAGAACUCGCCGCAGCAGGCCACGUGGAUCUGACAAGGCCUUUAGUUGAGCAACCCGACAGAAACGACCCCGCCAAAAUAUUACAAGACGUAUUGUCGCCGAAAAAUACAUCCCCUUCUUCAACAAGCAGCGGGGGGCCCCGAUCUUCGCCCCCCGCGCGCCCAGGUAGCCCUCGCUCCCCUCACGCAGGUAGCGCCUCGUGCGAUCGGUGCCACGCGUCAUUUCCUACCGGAGAGCUACUCGACGCACAUCGUGCGACUUCAUGCCCGUUUGGCGAUGCGCGGGCGCAUUCGCCGCUAGGUGAAGCGGAGCAGGCUGCAUUAGACGAGAUGGUCGCCAAGGGCAACCCGCCCAAACGAAACUCACAAAUGUAUAAACAGCUGUUAGAGACCUUUGGUUUUGAUCUCGUCAUGCAAUACAAUGAAAAUCAACGGCGCAAAAUGCAAGAAGAGCGCGAAAUGGCGCGAGCGCCGAGCCCGCCGCCUCCGCCUCCUGAGGAAAAACCACCGGAUGGGGAAAAUAAAUCAACGUGUCAACAUUGUAAUAAAGAGUUUUCUAGUGUGUUCGUUUUAAAAACUCACUGUGAAGAAGUGCAUAAGGAUAAAGUUCCGCUUGAGUUCUUGGAGCAGUUCGCGGAGCAGUUCAAAUCGGAAUAUGAAAGAAAAUCGGGAGCGCCCAAUUCACCGCGUGCAGCUUCUCCGGCGCCGCAAGACGAAAGGUCGCCUUCGCCGCGAGGCGAUGCGAGUAGCAACUUUAACGAAAACGGAACCGGUCCCGGUGAUGCGCAGGCGGGCGCCCUGCUGGCAGCUCAGGUGCAAGAAAUGCAAGCUGCUCUCAACAUGCUACAGUUGCAACAACAACUUGGGCAACUACACCCUAUGAUGGCACAAAUGCUGUCACUUGGAUUGCCCUUGGGCUUGAACGUCGGCGCCCUGGCAGCUAUGAACUUGCAGCCACCGCUGGUUCCUCUUAUGCUUCCGCCUCCACCAUUCGACGCGAUGCCGUUUGCUCAUGACGCCCAACUCAAGCAACAACAACUUAUACAGCAGCAGCAGCAGGCGAACGCUGCAGCUGGACAAAAACGGGCUCGCACUCGUAUAACUGACGAACAGUUGAAAAUAUUACGCGCGCACUUUGACAUUAACAACUCUCCUAGCGACGAAGCAAUUGCGAAAAUGGCUCAACAGUCUGGUUUAGCUACCAAAGUUAUUAAACAUUGGUUUCGGAAUACACUUUUUAAAGAAAGACAACGCAACAAAGAUUCGCCAUACAACUUUAACAACCCUCCUUCAACGACACUCAACCUGGAAGAGUAUGAAAAAACAGGUGAAGCUAAAGUCACUCCUUUGGAUUCAUCGGCAAGCUCUGAUGAAGGAAAGCCACCACCUGAAAAAAAAUCAAAAACCGAAGAACCCGCGUCGAUAAGUCACCAAGAAGUGAAAUCAGAACCAAACGAUGAACCAACCAUGGAAGAAAAAUAUAAUUCUUAUGAUGACCGUCACCAAGAAGACAAGAGCUUUAUUUUCCCUCAAGUUCCAUCGCAAAGUCCUGCUUUAAAUAAUUCUGAUAAUCAACAGAAUAUAUCUCGGCCACAUACUCCAACACAUCUGUCAUUAAAUUCAUUAAUCCAGUCGCAGUUAGAUUCGAUACCGGCGACAAGCAUACCACAACCACCUCACCCAUCAAUGUUGCCACCAAAAAUAAAUCCUAACUUCACGUCCCCAAACUCCGCGCCCCCGAACGUCCUAACUUUGACCCCGAAUCGCAGCCUCAGUCCUGGCAGAGGACCGGCGGAUUUCGGACUUUCCGGGGGCAACUCGAAUGGAUCCAACAGCUCGGGGUCUUCUGGCAAACGCGCCAACAGAACUAGAUUUACAGACUAUCAAAUUAAAGUACUACAAGAGUUUUUCGAAAACAACGCUUAUCCCAAAGACGAUGAUUUAGAAUAUCUUUCAAAACUUCUUGGUCUUAGUCCAAGAGUAAUAGUUGUUUGGUUUCAAAAUGCACGACAAAAGGCUCGAAAAGUUUAUGAAAAUCAACCAGCUGCUGAACCACCCACAGGAGCUACAGAUGAUGCAAAUAGAUUUCAAAGAACUCCAGGAUUAAAUUACCAAUGCAAGAAGUGUCAACUAGUGUUUCAGAGAUAUUACGAAUUAAUAAGACAUCAGAAAACACAUUGUUUUAAAGAGGAAGAUGCAAAGAGAUCGGCUCAGGCACAAGCAGCUGCUGCUCAAGUUGCCGCCACUUUAAGUAGCGAAGAUUCAAAUUCAAGCAUCGUUGAACAUCAUAUUCCCCACGUUCCAGUUUCACCCGCGCCACCUCGAACCCCCACGCCAGCAGCUCCUAACUACCCAGUGUCACCAGCUCCACAAGCUCCACAAGCUCCAUUAACACCAGUAACGCCUGUAGCUCAUCAACCACGAACCGAAGACAAAGAUGGCAAUUUUCAAUGUGAUAAAUGUAACCUAGUCUUCCCUCGAUUUGAUUUAUGGCGAGAACAUCAACUUGUUCAUAUAAUGAACCCAAACUUAUUUCCCACGUAUCCACCAGAUUCCCCUUUUGGAAUACUUCAGCAACACGCUCAGCUACAGCAACUAAAUGCAACAUUAGCUAACGAUGAAUCACGUCACCCUUUAGUAGCAGCGUUAAAUCAACAAGUUGCUAAAAGAAAGUUCGAUGAAUAUGAAGAAAUAGAUACAGGAGAACAGCCAAAGGACAAGCGGUUAAGAACUACUAUUUUGCCAGAACAAUUAGACUAUUUAUAUCAAAAAUAUCAAAUAGAAUCAAAUCCAUCACGAAAAAUGCUUGAAAACAUUGCUCGAGAAGUAGGGUUAAAAAAAAGAGUAGUGCAAGUUUGGUUUCAAAAUACUAGGGCUCGUGAAAGAAAAGGACAAUUUCGAGCUCAUGCACAAGUUAUUAAUAAACGAUGUCCCUUCUGCCCCGCUUUAUUUAAAGUUAAAAGUGCUUUAGAAAGCCAUUUAAGUACUAAACACGCCGAUCAGUGCGCACGUGGAGAAAUAAACGUUGACGCAUUGCCAGAUGAAGAACUGAGUACUGAAUCAACACCAAGUUUUGGUUCACAACAAAGUGAUAGACAGCAAAAUUUUUCCCAAGCGGGGGCUCCCAUGUUGCCCCCUAUUUUUCCACCUUUUCACUCAGACAUGGAGAAAUUUAUCAAACAGUACAGUGAAGAGUCAAUGAAACGAUAUGUAAGUGAAUUACAAGCUCACGCAGUAGCCCAACAAAAUGGCGCUCUCAACGAGUCUUCAGAGAGACAAAUAUCGCAAGGAAAAUCAGAAAUACCAUUAGAUCUUAGCAAACCUGUUGAUCUGUCGAGGCCAGGCUCGGAUGCAGACGAGCGCUCCGAUACAGCGUCAGAGACUAUGGAGUUCUACGAGGAAGAUGAACCAACGUCUCCCCUAGCCGGUCAGCAACAAACGUCUAGACCUCCUGGAAAACGCUUCCGAACUCAAAUGUCAUCAGUACAAGUAAAAAUAAUGAAGUCUUUAUUCAACGACUACAAAACUCCCACGAUGGCAGAGUGCGAGGCUCUAGGACGGGAAAUUGGUCUUCCCAAACGCGUGGUGCAAGUAUGGUUCCAAAAUGCACGUGCCAAAGAAAAGAAAGCACGGUUAGCAGCAGGCUUAUCAGAAGUGUCAGACGCGCCGCCACCCGAAGAAUGUAGGGUUUGUGAUUUCAAAUAUAGUCACAAGUACUCCGUGCAAGAUCACGUUUUCACGCGCGGGCAUAUCACAGCAGUUCGCUCUAGGUUGGAGAGCGGCGUUGGUGGUGGAGACGACAGCACGCUGGCUCUCAUGCAGAUGGCAGCUCGACUCGAGAGCGGCAUUGGCAGCGAACUGCACAACGCGUUCCUGAGGCCUCAACUCGCCGGCAAUGGUGAGUGUACUACUUGA